ACUUCCCUAUGGUUGGUGCCCCUGUCCCCAGCCCAGGCAGGUAUAAGGCCACCUUGCCGGACCAAGGGAAUCUGGAUGGAAAAGAGAGAGGCCGCCAUGUCCUCUUGGAGCCUGGAGCGAAAACAGAGGGUGGCCCUGUUUGCAGCAGGCAUGUCAGAAGACGAAUCGGCUCAGGCCUCCAGGCCCAGCUUGUGGGAGCAGGACCAGCAGAACGUGGUGCAGCGCGUGGCGGCCCUGCCCCUGGUCAGGGCCACGUGCACCCUGGUCUCCGAUGCCUACAGCGCCGCCAAGGACAGGCACCCACUGCUGGGCUCCGCCUGCCGCCUGGCCGAGCACUGCGUGUGCGGCCUGACCUCAUGCGCCCUGGGCCACGCCCAGCCGCUGCUCAGCCACCUGCAGCCCCAGCUGGCCAUAGCGAACGAUCUUGCCUGCAGGGGCCUGGACAAGCUGGAGGAGAAGCUGCCCUUUCUCCAGCAACCUUCGGAGACGGUGGUGACCUCCGCCAAGGAUGCGGUGGCCAGCGGCAUGACAGGCAUGGUGGGCCUGGCCCGGCAAGGCCGCCGCUGGAGUGUGGACCUGAAACAAUCCAUGAGCCACGCCGUGGAUGUCGUACUGGGCAAGUCGGAGGAGCUUGUGGACCACUUCCUGCCCAUGACUGAGGAGGAGCUCGCGGAGCUGGCGGCGGAGGCUGAGGGCCCGGAAGUGGGGUCCGUGGAAGAGCAGCGGAGACAUCAGGGCUACUUUGUGCGCCUGGGUUCCCUGUCGGCGCGCCUCCGCCACCUGGCGUAUGAGCACUCUCUGGGGAAACUGAGGCAGAAGAAACACCACGCUCAGGACACGCUGGCCCAGCUGCAGGAAACUCUGGAGCUGAUCGACCACAUGCAAUGUGGGGCGACCCCCAACCCAGCCCGCCGCGGGAGGGUGCACGAGCUGUGGGAGGACUGGAGCCAGAGGCCCCCGGAGAAUGGCCGCCGACGCUGCAGUCAGGCGGAGCUGGAGACCCUGGUGCUGUCCCGCAGCCUGAUGCGGGAGCUGCAGGGCAACGUGGACGCGCUGGAGACCAGCGUGCGGGGCCUGCCCCCCAGCGCCCAGGAGAAGGUGGCCGAGGUGCGGCGCAGCGUGGACGCCCUGCAGGCCGCCUUCGCCGACGCCCGCUGCUUCGGGGACGUGCCGGCGGCCGUGCUGGCCGAGGGCAGGGGCAGCGUGGCCCGGGCCCACGCGUGCGUGGACGAGCUGCUGGAGCUGGUGGUGCAGGCCGUGCCCCUGCCCUGGCUGGUCGGGCCCUUCGCACCCAUCCUCGUGGAGCGGCCGGAGCCCCGGCCCGACCUGGAGGCCCUGGUGGACGAGGUCAUCGGGGAGCCCGACCCCCGCUGGGCACACCUGGACUGGCCGGCCCAGCAGAGAGCCUGGCAGGCCCAGCACGGGGACGGGACGGGGCCCCCGGGGGACAUUUCUGAGGAGGAGCCUGAGCCCCCCAGCCGUCCCAAGCACACCCUGAUGCCAGAGCUGGACUUCUGACCCGAUGGGGCCGUCCUGUGCCCCGAGAUCCCUGCUGCCCACGAGCGGCCAUGCACCAGCACUACAAGGCGAGGCCUUGGCCCCGGCCCCUGGCACGGACUUGGGGGGCUGGGGGCCGCAUUCAGAAUCCUAGACGAGCUUCACUGAUCGCAGACCGGCCCCAGUCUUGCCCUUGGACAUAGGAGGACUUGAACCUAACUCAGGUCUGACUGGCCCCAAGCUGGGCUCUCUGGCUGAGGUCCUUUAUUGCGCCACCCCAAGAAACUGAUCAAAACUCCUCGGAGAAUCCCAGGUGUUG